AUUACAAAAAGAAGGUGCUGAUGUGUGUGUGUGUACAUGUGUAUUGGUGCGUGUUUCACUGUGUGUGCUAAUUGUUUAAUUGCCAUGGCACAGGCAACAAAUUUUUAAUCAAAAUAAUUGCAACAAGUCGAAUUCGAAACUUAUUGCCAAAUCAAUAUCGAAACGAAGAAAUCGAAAUUGAAGAUCACAAAGCUAAAAAGCUAAAGAAGGGAUUCCCCAUCUGAUUUAUUCGACACGUUGGAUACCAUUCACAUAUAAUGUCAUCAAAAUGUGGAUUAAAUAUGGUUUUCAUGUCGAUCAUUUUCAUCAUCAUCGUAAAUGGUUACGCAAAAGAUAUUUCUGGAGUUAAAAGAGGUCGUGAGCGACUCAACGAAUACAUAUCGCACUACGAGAAACUCAACUAUGAUCCAGAGCACAUUCGAACUAGUCACCAUAGAGCGCGACGAUCCGUGACCAAAGAUCAUUAUGUACAUUUAAAGUUUGCAUCACAUGGAAGAGACUUCCAUCUUAGAUUAAAACGUGAUUUAAAUACAUUUAGCGAUAAGUUAGAUUUUUAUGAUAGCAACGGCCCCAUUGAUGUCUCCACGGAUCACAUCUAUGAGGGCGAAGUGAUAGGGGAUCGUAAUAGUUAUGUAUUUGGUUCCAUACACAAUGGGAUAUUCGAGGGUAAAAUUAUAACGGAACGUGAUGCCUAUUAUGUUGAACAUGCCAAACAUUAUUUUCCCGUAAAUCGCACCACCAAUGUGUCGUCCUCGACGACAACAACAGCAACAAGAACCACAUCGGAGUCUACAACUCCAAGGAGCACCACAAGAAAAACACAAACACGGCCUUUGGCCCUACGAAACAUUAACAACAACAACAACAACAACAAAACUGCCGUUGAUAAUAAGACAGAAAACUUCAUAAACAAAAUUGCUGAAGCCACAACACCGACAACAACAACUACGACAACAACAAUGUCUCUGCACGCCUCCUUAGUGCCAGAGCUGUCUGAGCUUGAGCCCGAGUCUGAUUCUACAGCAACAGCUGCAAGCAAUGUGGAUAAGCCCGAGGAGAAGGAUGAACUUGAUUUUCACUCCAUUAUCUACAAGGAGUCACAUGUCGAGGAUGCCUACGAGAAUGUACGCGAAGGUCACGUGGGUGGUUGCGGCAUAACGGAGGAGGUAUCGCAAUGGAUGGAGAACAUACAAAAUUCCGCUGUCGAAGAGCUGCCCGAGCCGAUGUCCAAGGAUGUCCAGAAACUGUAUCGCAAGCAGCAGCAUAAAAAAUCUGCACCUCAGCAGCAAUAUCAGCAGCAGCAGCAGCAGCAGCCGCCUCAUCCACCGAAGAAGUAUCAAAGCGGAGAAGAUGAUUUCAAGUAUCCGCAUCAGAAGUACUCGAAGGAGGCAAAUUUCGCCGAUGGUGCAUUCUAUGAUCCCGCCACGGGACGUCGCCUUGGCUCGACGGCCAACAUUGCCGAUUGGCAUGAGCUCGUCCAUGAGCGUGUGCGUCGUGCCAGUGAUUCCGGACCGGGUUCGGCCGGCGGUCCUUCUGGUGGCUCCUCAGGAGGACGUGGCCGUGAGGAUAACAGGAAUACCUGUUCGCUUUAUAUACAAACGGAUCCAUUGAUUUGGCGGCAUAUACGCGAGGGCAUUGCCGAUCACGAUCGUGGUCGCAAGUAUGAGGUGGAUGUAAAAACGCGUGAGGAAAUCACUUCACUGAUUGCACAUCACGUGACGGCCGUUAAUUACAUUUACCGCAACACAAAGUUCGAUGGACGUACCGAGCAUCGGAACAUACGCUUUGAGGUACAGCGAAUCAAAAUAGAUGACGACUCCGCUUGUCGCAACUCCUACAAUGGACCACACAAUGCCUUCUGUAAUGAGCACAUGGACGUAUCGAAUUUUUUGAAUCUCCACUCCCUCGAGGAUCACUCGGACUUUUGUCUGGCCUAUGUGUUUACCUACAGAGACUUCACGGGCGGCACCUUGGGUUUGGCCUGGGUUGCCAGCGCUUCAGGUGCUUCGGGUGGCAUUUGCGAGAAGUACAAGACCUACACCGAGACAGUGGGUGGCCAAUAUCAAAGCACAAAGCGUUCCCUGAACACGGGAAUCAUAACCUUUGUCAACUACAACAGUCGAGUUCCACCGAAAGUGUCACAGUUGACACUGGCUCACGAGAUAGGACACAAUUUCGGAUCACCGCAUGAUUAUCCGCAAGAGUGUCGUCCUGGUGGGCUGAAUGGCAACUUCAUUAUGUUCGCCAGUGCCACUUCGGGAGAUCGUCCAAACAAUUCCAAAUUCUCGCCAUGCUCGAUACGAAAUAUAUCAAAUGUCCUAGACGUCCUUGUCGGCAAUACGAAGCGCGAUUGCUUCAAGGCCUCCGAGGGUGCCUUCUGUGGCAACAAGAUUGUGGAGUCUGGCGAGGAAUGCGACUGCGGUUUCAACGAAGAGGAGUGCAAGGACAAAUGCUGCUAUCCCAGAUUGAUUAGCGAGUACGAUCAGUCACUGAACUCAAGUGCCAGCGGAUGCACUCGCCGUGCCAAGACCCAAUGCUCGCCCUCGCAGGGACCCUGCUGCCUGGCCAACUCGUGCACCUUCGUGCCCACAAGCUACCACCAGAAGUGCAAGGAGGAGAACGAGUGCAGCUGGUCGAGCACCUGCAAUGGCACCACAGCCGAGUGUCCCGAGCCGCGGCAUCGGGACGACAAGACCAUGUGCAACAACGGCACCGCCCUGUGCAUUCGUGGCGAAUGCAGUGGUUCGCCCUGUCUGCUUUGGAACAUGACCAAAUGCUUCCUCACUUCGAACACACUGCCCCAUGUGGACAAGCGCAAGCUCUGCGAACUGGCCUGCCAAGAUGGCAACGACACGUCCACCUGCCGCAGCACCAGUGAAUUUGCCGCGGAAUACAACAUCCAACCGGGUGGCAUCAGCCUGCAGCCGGGUUCGCCGUGCGACAACUUCCAAGGCUAUUGCGACGUCUUCCUCAAGUGUCGCGCCGUCGAUGCCGAUGGACCGUUGGUCCGAUUGAAGAAUCUCCUGCUUAACCGCGAAACCCUGCUAACUGUCGCCGAAUGGGUAACAGAGAAUUGGUAUUUGGUGGUGCUAAUGGGCGUGGCUUUCAUUGUGGUGAUGGGGGCGUUCAUUAAAUGCUGCGCCGUCCAUACGCCCAGCUCGAAUCCAAAGAAGCGACGAGCCCGUCGCAUUAGCGAGACCCUAAGAGCUCCCAUGAACACCCUUAGACGAAUGCAACGUCAUCCUCAUCAACGUGGAGCCGGUCCCCGCAGCAUUCCACCGCCAGCCCAUGAGGCACAACACUAUCCCAGAGGAGGAGGCGGUGGCGGUGGUGGUCGUCACGGCGGAUCGCACGCCUCUCGAUCGCAUCAUCAAGCUCAUCCGCAUGAAUGGGAUCGCCAUCAGGGUGGUCAUUCCAUAAUCCCGCUUCCCACUGGCGGCAGUCACGCCAGUCGCAAUUCACAGGCCAAUCAAGCGCGUCGCAGCGACGGACGUGGCACCCGCUCCACCAGCAGUGGCAGGCCACCAAGCGGCUCGGCCGGAGCUGCCAGUCGAGGAGCAGCACAUGGCGGGUAUGCAGCCGAGCAACAAGUGGUGGCGGCACCGCCAGUUACAGGUUCACUGGGUGGUGGUGUCCAGGCGGCCAUUAGCAGCGGCGGCGUUGUGGCUCGCGCCCAGCUGCCGUUGCCAUUGCCGCCGGCUAAUGCACUGCAACAGCAACAACAACAAGCACUCUCUCCGCAACAACAACAGACAGCGUUCUAUACCCCGAAAGACUUACCACCACGCAAUAAGUCCCGAUCAUCACGUACCAACAACACCACCAACAUCUCCACAACAACAACAACAUCCACAUCGGCCGCUGGCAGUAGUAAGAGCAGUAAAAGCGGCAAAGCCAAAGACACAAAGCACCACAAGCAACAGCAGCAGCCGCACAGUCGCAGCAGCAGCAAGGACAAGUCGUCCUCCUCGUCCUCGUCCAAGCCGGUGCGUCGGAAUAUAGUCUACUAGGAGGAACGGAGCGACGACUGAAUCAGAAUUAUUUGCCAUACAACCAACACACAACAUUGACCGAUCGCCCGCCUGAUCCCCUCAUAAGUUUUUCUUCUCCCAUCCAAACAAGAAAAAGAAAAUUUGCCACUGAAAU